AGAAAUUGAGCCGUCCACUGGAAGUCAGUGUUAUGGUAGGCCCGAGUGGGGAAUGAUUCAGCGAGAUAUUCUGCGUUUCUAAGCUAACCAAGCAAACCAACGCACUCACGAGCAUCUCAUCAGUCGCCACCGCGCACGCUUCACCGGCCACAGUUCAUCGAGACGAAGCUCUUGCUGAAAAUGUGUGAUAAUAUAAUACGUUACGGAUUUGCACAUGAAAAAUGACGUUAAGUUGGAAUUGCCAAAUCAUAUACCGAAUCGAGUGUAGAAAUUAGUGACCAUGAAGGUUGACAGAAGCAAAUUGAAGAAAACCCCCACUGAAGCGCCUGCUGACUGCAGGACUCUCAUAGAGAAGCUGAAAGGAUGCAGCGAUGAACAGCUGUUGCUGGAACUGCAGCAAAUCAAGACCUGGAACAUUGGCAAGUGUGAGUUGUAUCAUUGGGUAGACCUGCUGGACCGUUUCGAUGGCAUCCUCUGUGAUGCAGGGCAGACAGUGGAGAACAUGUCGUGGUUGUUGGUGUGCGACCGGCCAGAGAAUGGGCAGCUAAAAGCCUUAUUGCUGGCGGUGCUCAACUUCACCGCGCUGUUAAUCGAAUACAGUUUUUCAAGACACCUGUACAGCUCUAUAGAGCACUUGACCACCCUUCUAGCAUCAUGUGACAUGCAGGUGGUUCUGUCUGUGCUGAAUCUCCUGUAUGUGUUCAGCAAACGUUCCAACUACAUCACCAGACUGGGCUCAGAUAAGAGGAGCCCACUACUCGCCCGUCUGCAACAUCUGGCUGAGAGCUGGGGUGGGAAAGAGAAUGGGUUUGGUCUUGCAGAAUGUUGCAGAGAUCUGCCGAUGUCGAAAUAUCCACCGAGUGCCACCACAUUGCACUUUGAGUUCUAUGCAGAACCCAGCUCUGAUGUCAAAGUGGAGAAAAAGUCGAGCAGUAAUACGCUACACUACAUUCAUAUCGAACAACUUGAUAAGAUUUCUGAGAGCCCCUCAGAGAUCAUGGAGUCUCUGACGGCUAUGUACAACAUCACUAAAGACAAACAAAUAUUGCUUUUCACACACAUUCGCCUGGCUCAUGGCUUCUCCAACCACAAGAGGAGACUGCAGGCUGUGCAAGCCAGGCUGCAUGCCAUCUCCAUACUUGUGUACUCCAACGCCCUCCAGGAGUCAGCCAAUAGCAUACUCUACAAUGGGCUUAUAGAGGAGCUAGUGGAUGUACUUCAGAUCACAGACAAACAGUUGGUGGACAUUAAGGCCGCCUCUUUGCGCACGUUGACAUCCAUAGUUCACCUGGAGCGCACUCCCAAACUCUCCAACAUUAUCGACUGCACAGGAACGGCCUCCUACCAUGGAUUUCUGCCUGUGCUUGUCCGCAACUGCAUCCAGGCCAUGAUCGACCCACUGAUGGAGCCCUAUCCCCACCAAUUUGCCACAGCCCUCUUCUCCUUCCUCUACCACCUGGCUAGUUAUGAUGCAGGUGGAGAGGCCCUCGUAUCUUGUGGUAUGAUGGAGGCAUUGCUAAAGGUGAUCAAGUUCCUUGGGGACGAGCAGGCUACUGAGACAGAGGACAUGGACACAGAUAUGGACAUGUCAGAGGUUGCCAUGGAGAGCAGUCCUGGCCCAUCCACUUCUUCUGGUUCCAGAGCAGAGGCAGAUUCACGAGCACAGAGCAGUGCAGCCAGCACUCCCAGAGCAGGAGUGCAGUGCAUUCCUCAGAGGGCCGCUCUGUUGAAAUCUAUGUUGAACUUUUUGAAAAAAGCCAUUCAGGACCCUGCAUUCUCUGACGGCAUUCGUCAUGUAAUGGAUGGGUCCCUUCCUACCUCUCUGAAACACAUCAUCAGUAAUGCAGAGUAUUAUGGACCCUCACUGUUUCUCUUGGCGACGGAGGUGGUGACAGUGUUUGUGUUCCAGGAACCCUCUCUACUGUCAUCUCUGCAGGACAAUGGUCUCACCGAUGUCAUGCUAUAUGCACUGCUCAUCAAAGACGUCCCUGCCACCAGAGAGGUGCUAGGUUCCCUGCCUAACGUCUUCAGCGCCCUGUGCCUGAAUGCCCGUGGUCUGCACUCAUUUGUGCAGUGCCAGCCCUUUGAGCGGCUGUUUAAGGUGCUGCUCUCGCCAGACUACCUGCCAGCCAUGCGCCGUCGACGCAGUUCUGACCCACUAGGGGACACCGCCUCUAACUUGGGCAGUGCUGUCGACGAGCUAAUGCGGCACCAGCCUACACUUAAAACAGACGCUACAACAGCCAUCAUCAAGUUGUUAGAGGAGAUCUGCAACUUAGGCCGAUCGCCAGAAUACGUCUGCCAGAAACCCUCCAUACAGAAAGCAGAUGGGACCGUCACGGUGCCUCCAGCUCGCUCGAACCAUGCUGCAGAGGAGGCCUCCAGUGAGGAUGAGGAGGAGGAAGAGGCUCUACAUACCUUUAGCCAACAGCAGGGGGAGCCAGAGAGCAACAGGCAAGUGGUGGGAACAGAGGAGCGAAUCCCCAUUCCUCUUAUGGAUUACAUUCUGAAUGUGAUGAAAUUUGUGGAGUCCAUACUUAGUAACAACACAACAGAUGACCAUUGUCAGGAAUUUGUCAAUCAGAAAGGACUUCUACCACUGGUGUCGAUCCUUGGGCUGCCCAACCUGCCCAUUGACUUCCCCACCUCUGCUGCCUGCCAAGCUGUGGCAGGAGUCUGCAAAUCUAUACUGACUUUGUCCCAUGAGCCGAAAGUUCUCCAGGAGGGUCUGUAUCAGUUGGACAGCAUACUGUCUGCUCUGGAGCCUCUUCACCGGCCCAUCGAGGUUCCUGGUGGCUCUGUGCUGCUCAGAGAGCUGGCCAACACAGGCCAUGUUACGGAAGCCACACUAUCGGCACGAGCCACCCCACUGCUGCACGCCCUCACAGCAGCACAUGCUUACAUCCUUAUGUUCGUUCAUACCUGCAGAGUUGGACAGAGUGAGAUCCGUGCUAUCUCAGUGAAUCAGUGGGGAUCUCAACUGGGUCUGAGUGUUCUGAACAAACUGAGUCAGCUCUACUGCUCUCUGGUGUGGGAGAGCACUGUGCUGCUGUCCCUCUGUACACCAAACAGUUUGCCUCCUGGCUGUGAGUUUGGUCAGGCUGACAUGCAGAAACUUGUGCCUAAAGAUGAUAAACCCUCCAGCAGCACAGCAGCUGCAGGAAGGAAAACUGCUGACACUGAGACCAUGUCUGUGGGAGUGGAUCCCUCUGCUCAGGGCUUGCUGGAAGGAAUGGGCCUGGAUGGAGACUCUCUCGCUCCCAUGGAGACGGAUGAGCCCACAGGCACUGACCCCAAGACUAAGUCUAAACUCACCCCUGCCAUGGCAACACGCAUCAAACAAAUUAAGCCUCUGCUCUCAGCCUCCUCUCGUUUGGGCAGGGCUCUGGCAGAGCUCUUUGGACUGCUGGUGAAGCUCUGUGUGGGCUCGCCUGUCCGUCAGCGGCGCUCUCACCAUACCACUAGCACAGGCACCGCCCCAACACCUGCGGCUCGGGCCACUGCUUCUUCUCUUACUAAGCUCCUCACCAAGGGCUUGAGCUGGCAGCCACCUCCCUAUACACCCACACCUCGUUUCAGGCUGACUUUCUUUAUCUGCUCGGUGGGCUUCACUUCACCCAUGCUGUUUGAUGAGAGGAAAUAUCCAUACCAUCUGAUGCUGCAGAAGUUCUUCUGUUCUGGUGGCCAUGAUGCUUUGUUUGAGACAUUUAACUGGGCCCUAUCCAUGGGAGGUAAAGUGCCCGUGUCAGAGGGCUUGGAACACUCUGAGCUGCCUGACGGGACAGGAGAGUUCCUAGACGCCUGGUUGAUGCUAGUAGAGAAGAUGGUAAACCCCAGCACUGUUCUGGACUCCCCACACUCUCUGCCCACUAAAGUGCCUGGAGCAACACUCAACACCCCACAGUUCAGUGCAUUGCGCUUUCUCAUCGUUACUCAGAAGGCGGCAUUCAGCUGUAUUCGUAAUCUGUGGAACCGUAAGCCCUUAAAGGUCUAUGGUGGACGCAUGGCUGAGUCCAUGCUGGCCAUUCUGUGCCACAUCCUACGAGGAGAACCUAUCAUCCAGGAGCGGCUCUCCAAAGAGAGGGAGGGCACUGCUCGGCCUGAUGAGGAGAGCAGUUCUGCAAGUGGUGGGGGAACUAGUGGGCCUUCAGGAGCAGGGGGAGUAGUUGGAGAAGGAGUGACUGGAGGUGCCAAUGGCAGCACUGCUGGAGGCUCCACUGAGGAUGGCAGCAACCCUGCAACACGCAGAGAGCCACAGGUCAACCAGGCUCAGCUGACUCAGCUGAUGGACAUGGGCUUCUCCAGAGAGCAUGCGAUGGAGGCUCUUCUAAACACCAGCACUAUGGAACAGGCCACUGAUUACCUGCUCACACACCCUCCACCACUGCUCAGCGCAGCUGUCAGAGAGUUCACCAUGUCUGAAGAAGACCAGAUGAUGCGGGCCAUUGCCAUGUCUCUAGGUCAAGAAGUUAGCAUGGAGCAGCGCUCAGACUCACCUGAGGAAGCAGCUCGUCGGCGUGAGGAGGAUGAGAGGAGAGCAAGGGAGCGGGUAGAAGAGGAAGAGGCACGCUGUCUGGAGCGUUUCCUGGAAGCUGAGCCUCUAGACACCACAGAGCUACAUGCCUUUACAGACUCAAUGCUGCCUGGCUGCUUUCACCUGCUCGACGAGCUGCCGGACACAGUGUACCGCCUCUGUGAUCUGCUCAUGACUGCUAUUAAAAGGAACGGCCCUGAGUACAGGGACCUCAUCCUUAGACAGGUGGUCAAUCAGGUGUGGGAGGCUGCCAGCGUGUUGAUAAAGGCUGCAGUGCCGCUAACAACCAGCGACACCAAGACAGUGUCUGAGUGGACGAGACAGAUGGCGACCCUCCCCCAGGCCUCCAACCUGGCCACCCGCAUCCUGCUGCUCACGCUGCUCUUUGAGGAGCUGAAACUCUCAUGUGCUCGGGUGGUGGAGAGCAGUGGUGUUUUGACUCUGCUGAUUAAGCUGUUGGAGGUGGUGCAGCCCUGUCUGCAAGCUGCCAAAGAGCAGAAGGACAUCCAGACACCCAAAUGGAUCACCCCUGUUCUCCUGCUUAUUGACUUCUAUGAGAAAAUGGCUGUUUCAUCCAAACGAAGAGCUCAGAUGAAUAAGUACCUGCAGCCCAAUGGAAAUAACUGGCGCUGGUUUGACGACCGUUCAGGCCGCUGGUGCAGCUACAGUGCAAGUAACAACAACACCAUCGACUCAGCCUGGAGGGCAGGAGAGACCAGCGUACGCUUCACUGCAGGCCGCAGGAGAUACACUGUCCAGUUCAACACCAUGGUGCAGGUGAAUGAGGAGACUGGGAACAGACGGCCAGUUAUGUUGACAGUACAGCGGGUGUCACGGAUGCCUAAGACCUCAAAAUCCGGAAGUGUUAAUGAUACAGAGAGAGAAGAGAGUGAACAGAGAGCAAAGACUGAGGAGACACAGACUGACACAGAUUCCAGCUCUGUGGCUGUGGAGAUGGCACCCCCUAAAGAAGAGUCAGAGCAGAAGGAUUCAAGCACUGCAGCUCCCUCUACCCUUCAGGACCCCUCUGGUUCCAGCGGUAUUGUUGUACAGGGGAUGACAGAGGACAUGAUCACUGUUUUGAUCCGUGCCUGUGUCAGCAUGAUCAGCGUUCCCGUGGAUCCGGACACUUUACAUGCCACUUUGCGUCUCUGUCUGCGUCUCACACGUACACACCAUUACGCCAUGAUGUUUGCAGAGCUCAAGAGCACUUGUAUGAUCCUGAACCUCACUCAGAGCUCAGGGUUCAACGGCUUCACCCCAUUGGUCACUCUGCUCUUCCGUCACAUCAUAGAAGACCCAGCCACCCUGCGACACACUAUGGAGAAGGUGGUACGGUCUGCUGUCACCAGUGGUGCAGGAAGCACUACUUCAGGUGUGGUGUCGGGUAGUUUGGGCUCCAGGGAGAUCAAUUACAUCCUUCGUGUCCUUGGCCCAGCGGCCUGUCGCAACCCAGAGUGCUUUACGGAAACUGCCAAGAGUUGUAUCCGAAUUGCUCUCCCGGCCCCAAGAGGUGCUGGCACUGCCUCAGAUGAUGAGUUUGAGAACUUCAGAAUUAAGGGUCCAAAUGCUGUUCAGCUAGUGAAGACCACACCCCUGAAGCUGUCCCCACUGCCCUCCAUACCAGAGACUAUUAAAGAGGUCAUCUGUGACAUGCUGAAUGCCCUAGCAGCAUAUCAUGCUCCAGAAGAGGCAGAGAGGGGAGAGGAGCGGGCAGCCGCAGUACCGGGAAGUCAAGACCUGUGUCAGAUCCUGCAGGAUGUUGGUGAUGAUGUCUACCAGCAGUACAGACUUACCAGACAAGGCAGUGAUUUUGACUCACAGUCUGCCUUCCACAUCAAUACUCAGGUGUUUGCUGCAGAUGGUGCUGUUGCAGAAUCCUCCCAAUCUGGAACUCCGCAGGGAGAAGCCUCUACGCCUGAGGAAAUGCGUGAAGAGAAAAAGGAGCAGGAGGGAGAGAAGGGAGCUUCCUCGGAGGAGAGCCGAGCUGCCAAAGCUAAGGCCAGCAAACUGCUGAUGCCUACUUCUACCAUCCUGAGGCUGCUUGCAGAGCUGGUUCGCUCCUAUGUUGGCAUCGCCACUCUCAUCACCUCUUACAACUACACAGCUGGCCAGUCAGAGCUCAUUAAGGAGGAUUGCAGUGUGCUGGCAUUUGUGUUGGACCACUUGCUCCCACACACCCAGAACUCAGAGGAUAAGGACACCCCUGCCCUUGCGCGCCUUUUCCUGGCCAGCCUCGCUGCAGCUGGAACAGGCACUGAUGCCCAGGCGGCCCUGGUCAACGAGGUCAAGGCUGCUUUGAGUCGAGCAUUGGGCAUGGCAGAAGGCACAGAGAAGCACGCCCGCUUGCAAGCAGUGAUGUGUAUCAUCAGCACCAUUAUGGAGUCAUGUCCCUCCACCUCAAGCUUCUACAGCACAGCCACAGCCAAGACCCAGCACAACGGCAUGAACAAUAUCAUCCGACUCUUUCUGAAGAAAGGCCUUGUCAAUGACCUUGCACGUGUGCCUCAUAGCCUUGAUCUAUCCAGUCCUAAUAUGGCAAACACAGUAAAUGCUGCUCUGAAGCCUUUGGAGACGUUGUCACGAAUUGUGAACCAGCCUAGCAGCCUGUUUGGGGGCAAAGGGGGAUCCAGCAAGAAUAAGACGGAGCAUGACACUGUUGGCACAGUCAGGGACAGCAACAGCAACACCCAAGAUCAAGGGGAGGCAGGUGAGGCAGAGCCAGCAGAGAAUCGUGACCGUGGUCAAGCCACAGAUGCCGACCUGAUGGAUGGAGAAACCGAGGGAGACACCGUGGUCAUUGCUGGACAGCCUGAGGUGCUGAGCACUCAGGCCAUGCAGGUGGAGAAUGAGUUGGUGGAUUUGAUCGAUGAACUUUUAGAAAGAGAUGCAGGAACCGUUAAUAGCACCAUCAUCGUGGGUCGCUCUGGAGAGGAUGAGUCUCAAGAGGACGUGCUGAUGGAUGAAGCUCCUUCCAAUAUGAGUCAGGCCUCCACUCUCCAAGCUAACAGAGAGGACUCUAUGAACAUCCUUGAGCCAGAAGAUGAGGAGCACACACAGGAGGAAGACUCCAGUGGUAGCAACGAGGAUGAGGAUAGUCAAGAUGAGGAGGAAGAGGAGGAGGAAGAAGAGGAGGAGGAUCAAGAUGAUGAGGAGGGAGAUGACGAUGACGAUGACGAAGGCUCAGAAAUGGAACUGGAUGAAGAUUUUCCUGAUAUCAAUGCUGCUCCACACAUUCGUUUUGAGAGAUUUGACCGAGACGAUGACCUCAUCAUUGAGUUUGAUAACAUGUUCUCCACGUCUGCUGACAUCCCUCCCUCACCAGGAAAUAUCCCCAGCUCCCACCCUCUGAUGGUGCGUCAUGCUGACCAUGGCUCACUGACUCUGGGGGGAUCAGGCACCAGCAGCAGAUUGGCUCAGGGCAUGGGACGCAGCCAACGAUCUCUCCGCCAGCUCACGGCCAACACAGGCCACACAGUCCAUGUACAUUACCCUGGUAACCGUCAACCCAACCCUCCUCUCAUCUUGCAGAGAUUAUUGGGCCCCAGUGCUGCAGCUGAUAUCUUGCAGUUGUCAAGCUCUCUGCCUCUGCAGUCUCGCGGUCGUGCACGUUUACUGGUGGGUAACGAGGAUGUGCAUAUUAUUGCCCGUUCGGAUGAUGAGCUACUGGAUGACUUCUUCCAUGAGCAGAGUAGCACUGGAGGACAAGCUGGCACCCUUUCAAGCAUCCCGACUGCCUUAACCAGAUGGACGGAUGAGUGUAAAGUCCUGGAUGCCGAGAGCAUGCAUGACUGUGUGGCAGUGGUGAAGGUCCCCAUACUGCAGCACUUGGAGAGUUUGCGUGAUGAGGAGCUGGAGGAACGCAGGGAGAAGAGGAGGAGACAGUUGGCGGAGGAAGAGGAGACAGCCAAGCAGAAUGAGAGUUCUGCUGUUGGAGAGGAGGCCCGGGAACAGAGCCUACGGGGCUCUGGGCUUGGAACAGUCAAUGGAGCUGUAGAGAACGCUGCAGAAGGAGAACAGGCUCAGAGUGGGGUGUCGUCCUGUCUGGACCCUUCUCGCACCUCUGAGGGUUUCCUCACAGCACCCCCAUCAGGAGAAGUCACCCCAACCACCCCUGCCCCACACGAGCAAGCCCUCGUCUCUCUGGAAACAGCCAUCAGUCAGCAGGUGCACCAGCCAAUCACAGAGCUGCUGCUGGCUGACUCCAAUCCUGACUCUCACGGAGCCUUGGCAGGGGCGGGGCUGCCCCAGCUCUCAGCAUCUGAUAGCCUGAAUUGUGAGGCAGAAGCUUCUCAGAUGGAGAUGUCACCUGCACCCACUAUUGGUGAGAGAGGAGUAGGAGGAGCAUUGGAUGCAGUCGGGGAAGCUUCUCUCAGUCCAGAUAUAGCUGAAAGUUCAGAGCCUGUGCCAGUGGGUGUGUCUCAGCUUGAGGGUUCACCCAUGGAUACAAGCAGUCCUGCCUCAGGAACGCAGGAAGAGCCUGCUUCCAGCUCCACUCCACCCAAUCACAUGUCUCAGGAACUGUCAGGAAGUGGUGACAGUGGCCUCACAGACAGGCAAACAGAUGCAGAAACAGGUUCAACUUCUGUUUCAUCUCCUGGUGAGACCAUGCCUCGGAGUGACAGUGCAGAUAGCCAAUCGCAGGCCAUCCAGGAGGAGCCCCUCCCAUCCACCAGCAAUGAAGAAGAGGACCCUCUGGCAGGCAUCAGUCUGCCAGAAGGUGUGGACCCAUCUUUCUUGGCAGCACUGCCUGAAGACAUCCGUCGGGAGGUGCUGCAGAACCAGCUGGGAAUCAGACCUCCUUCUCGGCCUCCUGUCACCUCCACAUUGGCAUCGUCAGCUAACACUGUGCUGGGAGGAGGGCCAGGGCUUACUGAGGUCAGCCCAGAAUUCCUAGCUGCUCUGCCACCUGCAAUACAGGAAGAGGUCUUGGCCCAGCAGCGGGCGGAGCAGCAGCGUCGAGAGUUAUCCCAGCAACCCCCACAGGGCGAUCAACCUCUGGACCCUGUCACGUUCAUCCAGACCCUGCCCUCUGAGUUGCGGCGAUCUGUUUUGGAGGACAUGGAGGAUAGCGUGCUGGCGGUCAUGCCCCCAGAUAUUGCAGCAGAAGCUGCAGCACUGCGAAGGGAACAGGAGGCCAGACAGAGACAACUGAUGCAUGAGAGGUUGUUCGGUCACAGUUCUUCCUCAGCCCUGUCCGCCAUCCUACGCUCACCCGCCUUCACAAGCCGUCUCGGUGGCAACCGUGGGGUACAAUACACUCGAUUGGCUGUGCAAAGAGGGGGGACUUUUCAAAUGGGAGGGAGUGCCAAUCACAGCCGGCCCUCUAGCUCUAAUGUCGAUUCUCUCCUGCGUCUGCGGGGGCGUCUUUUAUUGGACCAUGAGGCCUUGUCCUGCCUUCUAGUGCUGCUUUUUGUGGACGAGCCAAAGCUCAAUACCAGCCGCCUCCACAGAGUGCUGCGUAACUUGUGCUACCACUCUCAGACACGUGGCUGGGUCAUCCGCAGCCUCUUGUCUAUCCUGCAGCGUAGCAGCGAGAGCGAGCUCUGCCUGGAGACUGCACGCCUGGAGGAGUCCCGUGGUAAGCGCUCACUAAGCCAGGGCUCAUCCAGUGGAGGGAAGGGUUCCACUUCAUCCCCGCAGGCAGCUGUAGCCUCUUCAUCAUCGUCCUCCUCCUCAUCUUCCUCUCUGGAGCUGUUGAACAGCGUGGAAUCACGUAGUUCCAGUCAGCUCUCCUGGCUGUCUGUUUCAAUGGAUGCAGCUUUGGGAUGCAGGACCAAUAUCUUUCAGAUCCAGCGGGCGUCAGGCAGGAAACACGCAGAGAAGCAUUCAGCAGGCGCGGGCAUGAGCUCAGGAGGGCUCGGAGGUGGAGUGUCAGGAACGGGAGUGGCAUGUGCAGGGGGAGGAGGUGGAUCAGCUGUUCACAUUCACCCACAGGCUGCUCCAGUUGUCUGUCGACAUGUACUGGAUACCCUCAUCCAACUGGCCAAGGUAUUUCCCAGUCACUUCACUCAGCAGCGCUGUAAAGAUCCCCUAUCAUCGUCCUCAUCAGAGUUGGACACUCGUCUUUGUGCCAGCUCAAUAACGACUGCCAGUGGAAGCUGCCGGUCAGGUGGCACCAGCCAGAGCAACUCCUCAGCUACCCUGAGUAAUCUCCCUUCUACCCACAAUUCCCUGAGUGGCUGCACAGUUACACCACAGUCCCUGGGCAUCUCCACUGAUUUCUGGGAUCUCCUGGUCAAGCUGGACAACAUGAAUGUGAGCCGUAAAGGCAAGGCCUCCAUGAAGACUGUGCCUCUAGGGGGUGCUGGUGAGACAGAGGGGGCUCUGUUGAGCCUCGAGGCUUCUCCGCUGGGCCAGCUGAUGAACAUGCUCUCCCACCCAGUGAUCCGCCGUAGUUCCCUUCUUACUGAGAAACUACUCCGUCUGCUCUCUUUGAUCUCCAUCGCUCUGCCUGACAACAAGGCCACGGAGGUUCCAGCCAGCCACCCAGUGCCUCAGGCCCCAACUGCCACCCCCUCUGCACCUGCCACUCAAACCACAGCGGGGUCAGGGACCAUCUCAGUGGUGGCAGGUACGGGCACAGCGCAGGGCUCAGUGGGCCCGACGCCCUCUCAACCACCAACUAUGGUAUCUGUUGUUGCAAGCAGCACCACCCCCUCCGGCAGUAUUGCUGCAGGAAAACAGAAGGCAGCAGUGAGCAGCACUGACAUUGAAACUAAACUGGCCUCUGCUGGACUAACAGAGAAACAGCUGCAACUCUCUGUGGAGGUGCUGACAUCCCACUCAUGUUCGGAGGAAGGUCUGGAGGACGCGGCCAACAUCCUGUUGCAGCUGUCCAGAGGGGAUGCACUGACCCGAGACACUGUACUAAGACUUCUACUCAGUGGGGCGCGUCACCUCGGAUACACCCUCUGCAAACAAAUUGGCACUUUAUUGGCAGAGUUGAGGGAGUAUAACCUGGAGCAGCAGAGAAGAGCACGUGCUGAUGCUCAGUCUCCUGAAGCUUCUCAUGAGGACCCAUCCAUCACCACACGCCUAAAGGGCAAGAUGACCAGCAGAUUUGACGGGUCAGAGAGUGUGGUGAUUGUGGCUGCUCAGAAGCGCACGUUAGGUGGUCGUGAGCUGCAGCUGCCCUGCAUGAGCUCACUCACGUCCAAGACCUCCACGCAGAAGUUUUUCCUGCGCGUGCUGCAGGUCAUCAUCCAGCUUAGGGAAGACACACGGCGCGCUAACAAGAAAGCUAAGCAGACAGGAGGAAGACUGAGUUCGACCAGUCUGGGCUCGGCCAGCAGUAUCCAGGCUGCGGUCCGUCAGCUAGAGGCUGAAGCGGACGCCAUCAUUCAGAUGGUGAGAGAGGGGCAGAGGGCACGCCGUCUACAGCAGGCACCCCCACCCUCUUCAUCCGCAUCCUCUUCCGCUGCUGCUGCUGCAUCCGCUGCUGUGGCUGUGGCUGGAUCGUCUGCCCCCAGUACCUCUGCAACCAACAACCCCCCCGCUGGCACGGCCAGCACAGCCACGUCGGAGGUGCACUCUGUUGCCGAGCCCCCAGCAGCUCAAAGAGAUGAUUCGCCUAUGGAUGUGGACCAGCCCUCACCCCUAGAGCAAGACCAGGCAGCAAUAGGUGAAGAAAGCAGCAGUCAGCAGGAACAGGAGGAGCGCUUGCCUGACCUACCCCUUUUGAGUGAGCAGCUGUUGUUGGAUGAACUAUGGGACAUGCUGGGGGAGUGUCUGAAAGAGCUUGAGGAGUCUCAUGACCAACAUGCAGUUUUAGUGCUGCAACCUGCAGUGGAGGCUUUUUUCCUGGUGCAUGCCACCGAGCGGGAAAGCAAACCUCCGGUUCGAGACACUCGAGAGAGCCAGCUGUCACACAUCAAGGAUGAGCCACCCCCAUUGUCCCCUGCCCCGCUCACCCCCGCCACCCCCUCCUCCCUGGACCCCUUCUUUUCAAGGGAGCCCUCUUCUAUGCACAUCUCCUCCAACUUGCCUCCAGACACACAGAAGUUCCUGCGUUUUGCAGAAACCCACCGCACAGUGCUGAAUCAGAUCCUGCGACAGUCCACCACUCAUCUGGCAGAUGGGCCAUUUGCCGUUUUGGUUGACUACAUUCGCAUCUUGGACUUUGAUGUCAAGCGCAAGUAUUUCCGUCAGGAGUUAGAGCGACUGGAUGAGGGCCUGAGGAAAGAGGAUAUGGCCGUUCAUGUGAGGAGAGACCACGUCUUUGAAGAUUCUUACAGAGAGCUGCACCGCAAGAGCCCAGAGGACAUGAAAAACAGACUGUAUAUAGUCUUUGAAGGAGAGGAGGGUCAGGAUGCAGGUGGGCUGUUAAGGGAGUGGUACAUGAUCAUCUCCAGAGAGAUGUUCAACCCCAUGUACGCCCUGUUUCGCACUUCUCCCGGCGACCGGGUCACCUACACCAUCAACCCCUCCUCCCACUGCAACCCCAACCAUCUCAGCUACUUCAAGUUUGUGGGACGUGUGGUGGCUAAAGCAGUCUAUGACAACAGGCUAUUAGAGUGUUACUUCACACGCAGCUUCUACAAACACAUCCUGGGCAAGAGCGUCAGGUAUACGGACAUGGAAAGCGAAGACUACCCCUUCUUCCAGGGUCUGGUCUACUUGUUGGAGAACGAUGUGUCCACUCUGGGCUAUGAGUUGACAUUCAGCACAGAGGUCCAAGAGUUUGGCGUGUGUGAAGUGAGAGAUCUGAAAGCCAAUGGUGCCAACAUUAUUGUCACAGAGGAGAAUAAGAAAGAAUAUGUGCAUCUGGUCUGCCAGAUGAAGAUGACAGGUGCAAUCCGUAAGCAGUUGGCUGCCUUCCUGGAGGGCUUCUAUGAGAUCAUCCCUAAGAGACUGAUCUCCAUCUUUACUGAGCAAGAGCUGGAGCUGCUCAUCUCCGGCCUGCCCACCAUAGACAUUGACGACCUCAAGGCCAAUACAGAAUACCACAAAUAUCAGUCCAGUUCUAUUCAGAUCCAGUGGUUCUGGCGUGCAUUACGAUCCUUUGACCAGGCUGACCGGGCCAAAUUCCUUCAGUUUGUUACAGGCACAUCUAAAGUGCCACUGCAGGGCUUUGCUGCACUGGAAGGAAUGAACGGCAUCCAGAAGUUCCAGAUCCACCGAGAUGACCGCUCCACUGACCGCCUGCCCUCUGCGCACACUUGCUUUAACCAGUUGGACCUCCCGGCAUAUGAGAGCUAUGAGAAAUUAAGACACAUGCUGCUGCUGGCCAUUCAGGAAUGUUCUGAAGGCUUCGGACUGGCCUAAAGACUCUCCUAAAUCCACACACAGGCACACACAGAUGUAGACUUCCAUGUUGUUAAUUUAUGACACACAUGCAUAUUCACUCUAUCAUACAUACGGCCAAGACCUACUUCUAACCCACAUAAAACAAACAGAUGGACGGCUGACAGAGAUGUAUUGACAUUGCCUAUUGCACACAGAGCCUCUCAUUGACACACCGAACUGUAUUUGGUGUAUGUGUGUGUCUCACUUCCCUAUUAAAAUUACAGAGCCCGAGAGAGGAUCACAGAGGAUAUCUGCGGACUAAUAUAAAAGACAUUUUCUCCAUUUAGUUUGGUUUCUCUGUACAAAAGGUUUGGGAGUUUGUUUAAUCUUUUUUUGUUCUUCUCUGGCUGUUAAAAAGGAGAGGGCUGUUUUGUGUGUGAAAAGAGUGGUUGUAACCCUCUGGCGGGGGAAAAAAGUUUAUUGUCCUCUGUUGCUAAUGUGUGACCUCACUAGCUUUGCAAAUGGGAACUUUAAUUUGGGGGAGGGAAGUCAUGGACAAGGGUGAGAACAUGGAGUGAGGUAUUGGUGAAAUUGCAGAUGUGCGGGGAUUUUCAGAAUGGGGACAUUUUUAGGCAACUUUUCUGGUAUUUUUGGAGAGGAACACACAUAUUUGAGAAGUGAAGGACUGAGACGUUGAACCGCUGGUGCUCAGACACAUGCGGUUAUUACCCAACUGCUGAUGCAGCCUCUCAGCAGCUAAUCAGAACAUAAAUUGCUACAUAAAUAAAUGCAUAAAAUGA